CCAAGAUGAGUCUGAACCAAGUACUUGAGGAAAUUGAGGAGAAGGGGAUCACUGCAGUGAGAUUUGAGCAGACUGACUUAAAUGGAGUGGCCCGGUCGAAGCUGAUCCCUUCCCGUCACUUCAAGGACAAAGCAGAAGGGGUAAACUUCUACUUGGGUCAUAUCGGUUUGGACGUCCAAGCCGGUGCGGUCUCCGGGACUGGGUUUCGCGAGGAAGUUGGCCAUUGCGACGCUGUCAUGCUGCCUGACUUCAGCACAUUCAAGGUACUUCCAUGGGCGGAGAAAACGGCCCGUAUUCUGAUUGAGCCGACUUACAAAGGCGAGUAUGUAUCCGCUCAUCCGAGGGUUGCAGCACGUAGGCAACUGGAGAGGCUGAAAGACCUCGGGUACUCCCUGUUUUCUGCUCAUGAACACGAGUUUUAUGUUGUGGACAAGGAUACCAAGAAUCCAGUCCACAGUGACAUCAAUGUCCGAGCCACACUAAGGAUGGUUCCGAUACGGAACUUCCUCAAACAGAUUAUGGAGGAGAUGCCGAUUGCUGGUGUUGAUAUUGAACAAGUCGAAACAGAAUUAGGCCCUGGACAACUGGAGAUAACAUACAGACCAGCCUUCGGGAUUAGAGCUGCAGACAACGCCUUCACUUUCAAGACUGGCAUCAAAGAGAUCGCACUUCUCCACGGAUACCAAGCUUCGUUCAUGUCAAAACCCUAUCCCAACGAGAGUGGAUCUUCCGCACACUUCUGUCAUUCCUUGUAUCUUGCGGAUGAGAAAACGCCCGUAUUCUAUGAUGCCAGCCACCCCACUGGUCUGUCCGAGGUAGGCGAGAACUGGGCUGCAGGAAUACUUGCCCAUGCUCCUGCGAUCGAAGUCCUCAUGGCUUCCUCAGUGAAUUGCUUGAAGCGAGUCGGUGCUCCUUUCUCCCCGAAAAAUGCCACCUGGGGUAUAGAAAACCGCUUUGCCAUGCUGCGUGUCAAGAUCAACGGCGACAAGGGCACCUAUAUGGAGAACCGUGCAGGAGCCGCUGGUGCCAACUGCUACCUGAUACUGGCUGCGACCGUUGCUGCGGGAAUAGAUGGCAUCAUCAAUAAGUACAAGCUUCCUGCAGAGGUUACCAAUCCAGGUGAAAGCCAUGAGGAAGUCACACGCACGGCUGCCGAAUUGCCAAACAACAUGGAAUCCGCUCUGGAAGCUCUUCUUAAUGAUGAGGUGAUAAGAAAUGCCUUUGGUGAUGAUUUUAUCAAGUGUUUCAGUGCUAUGAAGAUGCAUGAGGUCAAUUUGGCUAAACGGGCUAAAGCUAGAGGUCAAGAGAACUGGGAAUUCGAUUUUUACUUUGAAUAUCUAUGAAACAAAAAAGAGAUAUAUAUUUUGGAUGUAUAUAGAGGUUCAUUUCAAUAUUAAGGAUAUUAAGGAAAUUUUGAGCGUAAUGAAAUAAUUUUGUUGAACAGUGUGAGAUGAGAAUCGUUUUCUACCGUCCAUCAUGCGGGUCACUUCAUAUUUACCAUUUUUUGCAAUCAGAAAUUGGGGUCAUUCGUUAUUCAUAAAAUAGAAAAAGGAUCACAAACACAUACACAGUAAAAAAUACUCAUAUAACCUUGUUUACCAUGUGAACUGAUCAAGUAUAAUGGUUAACAUGAAGCAAAAUGUUAUACGGAACGCAUGGGGGCGCUAGUCCUAAUGGGAGAAGAAGGUUGCAGGCCAGCUUCAUGAGAUAUUAUUUAUUAGUGCGAAAAUUAUAUUUUUCAUAUGCAGCCCCGUCGCUAGGGUUUUCAAUAAGGGGAUGUGAAUCCUUCUUUCCUUUGCUCAAAAAAUGACAAGCAAAAUUGUAGGGCAUUUCGUCCCCGAAAACCUUUUUUUUUUUUUUUGGCUUUUCACCCCCCCCCCCCCGGCUACGGGCAUUAUCUACAAUAGCUAUCGCGAAGUUCGGGGGGGGGGGGGCGACUCGAAUUAAAACGUGAUACCUAUGUGCCACAACAAAGUCGAAAAUCGGGGGCUCUGGAACUAAAUCUUGGUCUUAAAAUGAGGGUCUCCGGAACGGCUCUUGGCUGAACGAUUGCUAAAAAUGCAAUGCUCUGGGACUGACCACAUCAAAAAUGGGGGUCUCCGAACUAAUUUAUCGUACAUGGUAGCGGCUAGACAGCGCACUGUCCAGAACGAGAAACACAAAUUUGAGGGUCUCUGGAAUGGAGAAAAAAUAGGAUUUUCUAUGGCUUUCUAAAUGGGUGAUGCUCUGGAACGGAAAUUUAGGCUGAAAAUGGGGGUCUCGAUCACGACACAUACGUAUUUAUACAAAUAGCCCCCCCCCCCCCCGGGCACGAAGUGUCCCGUAUUUCGACUGCCAAAAUCUGGUCACCUUGCUGUCACCUCUUGUUAUAUGAAUAGCAGUUCAAUACGGACCCUCCUUUUCAACUGUGAAUAGCGACCCUUAUGAAUACCAAGCCUUGGGAAAAGCAACCCUAUAUGAAUAUGGAACCUCAAACCUAGGUUGUUUGUUUGAUGUAUAAUAAAUCAUUAAUGUUUUGUUAAUUGUGUUUUGUAUUUGAAGAGCUCACUUGCCAAAGGGGUUAGGUCCAUUUUUCAUCAAAUUUGAUUUUUAUGUCUCAAUGUAUAGAUUUUUAGUAGCUCUAUAAGAUUAGAUACCAAAAGAAAAGUUAAAAUUCCCAUUAAAAAGUGAGCUAAAAUGGCAUACAAAAAUCAAUCUUUUUCAAAAGGGGUUAGGUCCACACAGAUUAUUUGGGGAAAAGAAUAUCUUAAAAACUAUGAAGACAGGUAGAUUUCUUAUAUACCCAAUUUUAUGUUCUCAUGGUAGGGUAUCAUGAAAAUUCAGUUUCGCAUAAGAAUAUUGCAAUAUGGGAGAAUUAAGAAAAUUAUUUUCUUGGAGUGGACCUUACCCCUUUUGCAACCAAACUCUUUUGAAGAACUCAUUUUGUCAAAAGGGGUUAGGUCCAUUUUUCAUAAAUUUUAUUGUUUUCUGUCUCUAAACCUCUAAAUUUUAGUCGCUCUGAUGAUACCAAAGAAAAUUUGAAAUUGAAAUGAAAACGUGAAUGAAAGUGGCAAAGAAAAAUCACAUUUUUAAUCAAAAGAGAUUGGAUUCAUUUCAGUUUGCUUGCGAAAGGGGUUAGGUCCACAAUGAAAUUUUUUUUUAAAAAUAUAUAGAAAAAAAUGAAAACAGGUAGAUUUCUUUUAUACCCAAUUUUAUGUUCACAUGAUAGGGUAGUACAUCAUGACAAUUUAGUUUCUCAUAAAAAUAUUGCAAUAAGUGAGAAUAAAAAAAACAUGGGGCUUUCUCGGAAUGGUCCUAAGUGGACCUAACCCCUUUUGCAACUAAACUCUUCAUUUAUAUAUUAUCGCCUUGAUGAUGAUAAUGAUCAUGAUGAUGAUGAAGAAGAAGAAGAUGAUGAUGAUGGAGAUGGAGAUGAUGAUGAUGAUGAUGGAGAUGAAGAUGAUGAUGAUGGAGAUGAUGAUAAUGGUGGUGGUGGUGGUGGUGGUUGUUAUAGUAAGGAUGCAAUCCUGGAAGUGGUGAUGAUUAAUGUGUAUAGAAUAGCAUAGUAGAAAGAAUGAAAAUAAUGAAAUAACAAUCUUUAUGAAUAGCGGGUUGACCCUGUGAUAGAUGUAACUAUAAAUGUAUAUGCAUUCAAAUGUUAUAUUUUUGUUAACUGAUUUUGUUUCGGGGCGGGAUAAUACUUACUUUGAUAUAUUUAUGCAAAAUCAAGUUGUUUAUGAUAAUGAGUCGGGCUACGAGUGUGUACUAAAUGUUGUUAUAAUUUAUGAUUUCGCAUGAAACUUGUUUUCUUCUUGACAUCAUUGUAUCAUAUUUAGUGAAUUGAUUUAAAUGAUGUAAAUAUUAACUUUAUUAAUCGGGGUAUAGUGAAUUGGCUCGCUAAAUGAGUGGCUAGUAUUACGAACAAGAAGAGUUUAUUUGCAGUAUAUGCAUAAUUUUUUCCAUAAAUUUCAAUUUCCAUGAAAAUAGACUCCCUGUUGAUUUUGUUUAAUAUUCUACUGCAAAUGAAUGAAUGGUAUAGCUUUGUAAGCUGAUACAAAAUAGAAAUGUCAUCAACAUGUGAACAAUAGAUGACAUUUUCCCCUCUUUUCAAAGGUUAGUUCCACACGAAUUUGUUGGCAAAGAGAUUUUGUCGAGGAGUGGUGGGGGUGGACAGGAGUUUAAUAUGCCUAACUGAUUCGAAGGAUAUUUUGAGCCCCGCCGCGCCCCCGCUUUUACAUGUUAUAUUAAUUCUCUGUCAAGAUGAAGGUGGUUUGGGUUGACUACAGACCGACAGAAGGACCCUUUUUUGGCUUCGGAAGUGACUACCAAAAGUGCAUGAUGUUGCAGCUAGUUAUUUAUUUUGAUCGAAUGUACACCUUAUUAUUUUGCUGAGAUAUGUGAGAGAAUGCUUCCUUUUAAAGGAAUAUGCUCAAAGCAGAAUAAUAUUAUUUCAACUGAUGGGAUAAAAUCAGAUAAAUAUAUCGAAAUUGGCCGACAAGGAAGAACAAAGUUUAAUAUUUUGAAGUUUUGCAUUCCGGUGGCGGAUCCAGGGGGGCACAGCCGGCCCGUGCCCCCCCCCCCCCCUUGAGAGCCAUAAUAAAAAUGUGUAAUGUAAAUAUACGGUUUUUGCCAAGACCUUUGUUUUCUUGUCAAAUUUACAUCGUGAAAAUGUCCCCCCCCCCUUGGAAAAUCCUGGAUCCCCCCCCCCCCGGUUUCUGCACGUGUUACCGUUCUUAGCAUGACUUCAUGAAUAUGCAAUGAGCAAACUGAUGAUCUUCUCCUCUCUUUUUUUGUACAUUAAUUCUAUGAAUAUUUAUUCAAAUUGUGUCCUUCAAGAUAAUAGGAAACUAGGAAUUAGAAACUAGUGCUUUGAUUUAUAGCGCAAGAUGAAAUGCGUAUAUGCGGCGGAAGCGGGUGGGGCGGGGGUAUAGGCUGCACGUCUCCCCUGAAUCUUUAUGCUUCCCCCGCCAAUGCUGAAACGUCACAAAGGAGACAUUAUUUAAGACACAUGCAUAAAAUAAGUGCAUGAAAUAAGUAUGAUUUCAUGGAAAGUGGAUGAUCAGCCCACUUAAUGCUUAUUCAUGAUGUCAUGCGCAUAAUACCUGUUUUCGUUACUUAAAAAAAUCAGAUAAAAAAAAUCAGCGUUGUGCUUGUUAAGUUUUACUCCAUUUAUUCAGAUAUUUAUAUUUUCAGCCUGGAAUACCCACUAAAGGUCGAUUUUUAAAGACAGUUUAUGAAACAUUUGACGACUAAGAGCAUGUGAUGUAUUCUGAUUAUGAAAUAAUAUAGCAUUUAUAAGAGUC